AUGUCAGAAAAUAAUAUAAAUAAAGAUAAAGAGAACAUUAAUGAUAACAAUAGUAUAGAAAACAACAAUAUAGAUUUUAUAGACGAUAAUGAUAAUAUAAAUAAUAAUAAUAAUAUUAAUAAUAAUAAUAAUAAUAAUAAUAAUAAUACAGAAAAUUCAGAUAUAAAAGAAUAUGAAGAGGAGGAAGGAGAUGAGGGAUACGGUAGAAUGAUAUAUACUAUAGAUGAUAGUAGUGACUCUAUUGAAGAGAAUGAACAAGAAGAGGAAAACUAUGAAGAUGAAGAUAGCGACAAAAAAGUUAAAAAAAAAUUGAAAACAAGUAAUACUCCAGAAAGACCCGCUAUUGAAGAAGAAAAUGAGGAAGAAGAGAAAGAAAUAGAAGCAGAUGAUGAAAAAGAUAAAGAAGAAACUUUAUUAAUAGAAAUUCCACAAAGAGAAAAAAAUGACAUUUGCGAAAUUUUGGGUUAUCUUAGAGUAUUUAACCAACCAUCAUUAGAACAUUUCGAAUUAAAAAGUUUAGCAUGGUCUCGUUAUGAAAAAUAUUCAACUUUAUAUAAAGACCAAAUGCAAAAAGUAGAUAUUACAAAUGAAAAAGAACUAGAACAAGUUGUAUUAUCAUUCAACCCACAAUAUAUUAUUCAUUGUGCUGCAGAAAGAAGACCAGAUCAAUGUGAAAAAGAUAAAGAACAUGUUAGAAAGUUAAAUGUCGGAACAACUGAAAAGUUAAUCGAACUAUCUGUUAAAAUAGGUGCAUGUUUAUUUUACAUUUCAAGUGACUAUGUAUUUGAUGGAAAAAACCCACCUUAUUCAAUUGACGCCAAAACAAAUCCUCUAUCAUUCUAUGGUGAAACCAAAAGAGACUCUGAAAUUGCAAUUUUAAAUGCACACAAGUUACAUGGUGAUUCAUUCAAAUACAUAAUUUUGCGUGUACCAGUUUUAUAUGGUCCAGUUGAAUCAUUAAAAGAAAGUGCUGUUACUGUAGUUGCCGAAUCUGUAAUUCAAGCAAAUCUCUCAAAGACUCCAGUUCAAAUCGAUAAUUGGCAACUUAGAUACCCAACCCAUGUCGAUGAUGUCGCUAGAUGCAGCCUCCAGUUAAUUGUAUCCAAACAAUAUGGUAUUUAUCAUUUCUCAGCAUUCGAACAAAAGACCAAAUAUGAAAUGGCUAUUGAAAUGGGUAAAACUUUAGGUAUUCAAAAUGUUGAAGAUAUUGUUAAACCAAUUAACGAACCUGGCAAUGGUGCCCCACGUCCACAUAAUGCUCAACUUGACAUCACCCAUACUGUCGAUACCAUUAAAAAAAAUUUAGAACAACCAAUCCACCUAUCAUUGUUUGAAGUCCAAAUACCAUUAAUUUUUAAAGAACUUAAAUUAAUUAAUUAA